UGUUAAAGGUGAGCUGGCUCAGAGCUCACACAAGGAGCAGCUUUCCCUCCUAUGGGUUAGAGAAUUCCCUUAAGACCGGUAACCAGAUAGAAUUUCCCCUCUGGUAGCCAAUCGGCGGGCUCUAUGACUGGGACAAAGUCCUCUUCACUGAGACAUUUAACUCUCCUGUCCUUCCCCUCCACCGCUUCUCUGGAUGGUUUAACGUUACAGCCUCGGCUAGGUUUUACCUGUCCAGGUGAAGAGCACUGUUGAAAGUGAACGCCGCUUAUGUUCCGCCAUUGACCUACAUCCUUAGAUCAUAUGAGUAUCCAGGAGGAGAGUGUAGAGCCAGAAGGCGCUACUGCGAUGGCUGAGGCAUCUGCUCCACCUCUUUCUCCAUCAGACUUUGGACUGUUGUCCCCACCUCCUGACCUCUGUGAGGCAUGUGGCCACAGUCACCAGCUGGAGGAGAACCACGAAUAUCUCUACAAAGAUGAGGUGGAUGACGACCUCAUCUGCCAUAUCUGCCUGCAGCCACUCAUCAGGCCGCUGGACACACCAUGUGGCCAUACCUACUGCCAGGAGUGUCUCACCAGUUUUCUGCUGGAGAGUGACUUCUGCCCUGUGUGCCGUGCACCCCUCAUGCUGCAGAGCUGCAGGAAGCCCAGCCUGCUGGUGCACAAGCUGCUGGAUAAGCUGACCGUGGCUUGCCCUUUCACUGACCAUUGCACUGAAGUACUGGCCCGUGGUGACAUGGCCGACCACAUCAAGAGCAGGUGUAAAGGGGCCUCCCACUAUGGGCUCUCCGCAGACAGGAAGCGACGCUCGCAGGAAGGCGAAUGCACUGACAGCACAUCAGAGCUCACCAUUGCUACACUACCUAAUGAUGGGCCGACCUCCGCUGCUGUGGCGCUCCUGUCAGAUGAGCAAGGUCUGGUCAACCCCGCUUUUGACCCCAGCAUGGAGGACAACAGCCAGUCAGGCAGCACAACCAGCCUGGCCGCCCGCAGCAGCUCAAAGAAGAGUGAGUUUCGAAAUUUUGACCGCUCCUCAGUGAGGAGUCGUUCCUUCAGGAGGUUGAACCGGGCAUUCAGUGUCCUACGAAGAACCAAGAGUGGCAACGCAGUGAGCAAUGAAACAUCUGAGGAGCGGGACAAUGUCAGGAACUCCACUAUUCCACAGGAAGUGCUGGCUCUUCCUCAGCUCCAUCACCUGAUCCCUGAUGGUGAGCUUACCAGUAUUAAGAUCACACGGGUGGAUCCCUCAGAACCUCUGGCCAUCAGCGUUGUCGGGGGCAACGAGACCCCCUUGGUUCGCAUCCUCAUCCAGGAUAUCUACAGAGAGGGUGUCAUUGCACGGGAUGGACGCUUACUUCCUGGGGACAUGAUUCUGAAGGUAAAUGGCAUUGACAUCAGCAAUGUACCCCACUGCUAUGCUGUGGCAACCCUCAAACAGCCCUGUCAACUCCUCCGACUCACCGUGCUCAGAGAACAGCGCCAUCGCUACCGCUCGCAUAGCCACCAACAUGGCCAUGGACACAGCCAUGACGGUGCCGGGGGCCACCCCUCUCACGUUCUACCACACCUUCCCUUGAGGGAUGACAGCAUCCACGUGGUCCUGAGUAAGAGCACUCCAGACGAACAGCUUGGCAUUAAGCUCGUGAGGCGGCCAGAGGAGCACGGAGUGUUUGUCUUUCACCUGUUGGAGGGCGGCCUGGCUGCACGUGACGGACAGCUGUGUGUGGGUGACCGUGUGCUCGCCAUCAAUGGGCACGAUCUACGUUAUGGGGCACCAGAACACGCUGCUCUGCUUAUUCAGGCAAGUGAGGAGGGUGUCCACUUCAUAGUGUCUCGUCAGAUCUGCCUACCAACCCCAGACAUCUUACAAGAAGCUCCGUGGGGCAUGGAUGGUCCCCCACCAUACUCUCCCGUGGAUAUAGAACAAACACUACUGGACUCGUGUCAGAAGCCCGCAUGCUAUGAGAAGACAGUUACUUUGACUAAGGAACCGUACGACUCUCUCGGUAUGACGGUGGCCGGGGGCAUGUCCAGCCGAGGGUGGGAUCUCCCCAUCUAUGUCACAAACGUGGACCCUGAUGGUGUGGUGGGGCAGGAAGGCUCUAUCCGCAAAGGUGACAUCUUGCUAAAUGUGAACGGGGUGGAUUUGACGGGGGUGACACGAGGCGAGGCUGUGGCCAACUUGAAAAACACCACCUCUCCUGUUGUGCUCAAGGUCUUGGAAAUGCGUCCCCCUGAAGAAAGCCUGCAAGAGUGCCCGCUGCCGCCUUGUCUCACCCCCUCACCCACAGAUAGCACCAAGAGUCCGCUUCCUAAUGAUGACUACUCCCCACAGUGGGUGUCAUGGCUGCAGUUACCCAGGCAUCUCUACUGCUGCAAAGACAUCGUCCUGCGGCGGAGCACGUCAGGCAGCCUGGGCUUUAGCAUCGUGGGAGGUCAGGAGGAGGUCAACUGCAAUCAAUCCUUUUUUAUCCGCUCUAUCGUGGAGGGGACACCAGCCUACAAUGAUGGCAGGAUAAGGUGCGGCGACAUCUUACUCGAGGUGAAUGGGAAGAGCACAUGGGGCAUGACCCACACUGCGCUGGUGCGUCUCCUGAAGGAGCUGCGAGGAAGAAUUACCCUGACCAUCGUCUCCUGGCCAGGCAGCCUGCUGUAGUGCAGCAAGUGCAGUGCACCAAGCCAAACACAUUGCUGCUUCAGCAGCACGGACCAAGGAAUGUGGAACUUAAGACUGGUUGACGUUUCUUAAGCUUGCAGCGUGGGAGAAGCUUAGAAUAGUACUGUAGCUGUAUGGAUUCCUCACUUCUGAUAGACAGCUGAGACAUUGCCAGGAGUCGGAAGAGGGACACACAAAAAGACUGGAGUGUAACCAGAGGUUAACUUGCCCCUCUGAGAAUGCCAAACCAGGGAAAUCCAGGCCUGAUCGGCUGCCUUUAACCAGGAGGAUUGUGUUAUCUGUUUAGGAGAUGUGGUCAUUCUCUGAAACAGUGUGGAGUGGGUGGAUCACGAGGACGCACUACAUGUUGCCAAUUCCAGUAGUUAUAUAUUAGGGUAUGCGUUAAGUUGGACUCACAUUUCUUUAAUGUAAAUGUUGGGUGUCUAAAAAAAAGUACUGAUCCAAGCACUUGUAAUACAUUUCUUUUGUUUGUUUGUGGUAUGGCCUUUUAAAUAUAGGCUCCAUUCUGUUUGUACUGACAGUGGUUGUCAUCUUCAUGUGUUGACCUAACGACACGUUGCCAAGUAGUAGUCUGUGUUGAGGUUUUUUCUUUUCUUUCAAAAGCUAUGGCUAAAUGAUCAAACCACUGGCAAGGAAAAUAUAUUUAAAAAAUAUAUAUAUAUAUAUAUAUAAAUAUGGAUCAAUGUGCUCAUAACAAGUUAAAAAAAAUAAUGACAUUGUGGAGGCCUUACUAAUUUUCUUACUUUGAAGAAAAACAAAUAAAAGCUGACUUGGUUUCUGUGUAUCAGUGGAUGGUCUGGGGGCCGUCUACUGUGGUUGUGUCUGUCACACUUUGGCCUGUGUAAUAUAUCUGAUGGUAUAUUUGGUUAAAUGAUCAAUAAAGUCAUUUAAAAAGA